CCCCCGAAGAUAAGCCCAGGAACUCCCAUUCCCGCUACAAAAGCUCUGCCUUCAAGCCGUUCCGUCCCUCAAUUCACCUGGUUUCGCCCAGUGCUGUUUCUCUCGUUUCUCUUCGGAUACUCGCUGCCGCCCAUCAAUGCAAUCGCCUUCGUCUGCUUCACCACGAUAGCCCGCGAGACGCAGCUCUCGCCUCUCACGCUACGUUAGAUGUUUAACAGCACCUCCUCCAAACCUCUAGUCCACCUCCCGCGACCGGCGUCGACCUCUAACGAGUCGACGGCCCACCUCCCUCGCGGAGAAUGUCGCUACAUUCUCCCAGUUAACGACGCGGGCACGAGGGAGCGGUGCUCUUGCGCUUCGUUCAAUCUCAACGAUGCCUUGCCCGGCUCGCAAUGCCAAUGUGGUCACCAAGCAUGGCAUCAUGUUCAAGCCCCGAGCGGUGACUUCGUUCCCGUGGAAGAUCACGUAGCUCUUGUCGACAGGUGCAAGAAGCUGGAGGAAACGGCGCGGACGCUGCUCGACGAGCUCAAGAGGGAGAAGAGAGCCAGGGAGAAGCUUCAGGCCGACAUGAACACCAUGAUCCGGGGCGCGUAUGGCAACAUGGCCUUCCUACGGUACUACGUGGACGAGAAGUUGGAGUUUUCGCGCAUCACGUUUGAAGACAAGAUCGAGGGUGCCUUGGAUCGCGCUGCCGACGCGCUCAACGAAGUCGACAGGCUCAAGCAACGCGUAUCCGAUCUUGACGAGGCCUGCAUCCGGCUCGAGGAACGUAUGGACGCCGGCCGGGUGAUCUCUCGUUCCCUAACCCCCGUUCUGGAGGAGAAGACGAAGGACAACUCGCAGUUCUUCCCUUUAGCGAACCUUCCCUUGAGGUCCAAAUCCCAAGAACAGCUCUCGGGACCGUGGGAUGCCAGGCUGAUAGUGGUUCCCAAAAAGACGCAACGAUGGGCCUUUGCGAAAGACAGCAAGGCCUAUAAGCGCUGCCAGUCUCGCGGGUUCGUGCAAGACCUGCACUUUGAAGACAAGGACAGCGGCUCGUUCAACAAGGCUGUCGAGGCAGCCUUCUCUUCCAUAUUCAAGAAUCGACCGUGGAUGCCGCUUCAGUGCCUGGACUCAGUUCACAUGGCCCUUGGCCAGCUUCACAUGGACCAGCGCAAUCCGGGGCUGUGGACGUACAGCUUCCUCGAGGCACAAUGCAUGGCUAGCGACAAGGAACAAGGCGACAUCAUCUACAUCGCGCUUAUGCACGAGGAGCUGGGCUGGCCGGACAUAUACAACCUACCGCCCGUGUUUGGUUUCACCGACAACACCAUAUGGGACCAGGACGAGGAUCUGGACGGCAAGGUCAUUAGCGCCCGCAUGGAUUUCAAGAUGGAUCUGGACCCCAUGCGCGUGCGAAAUCUGGAAACCGACUCCAUGUACGAAUACUCGCCCCCGCCGUAUUCACAACGACAGUCAAUCCACGGCGUCUCGGCGCUAGGCGCACUUGCGGAUGCUGCCGAGCUGGCGGACGACAGACGCGCACCUCGCACGCCCAGCAUCUCCGAGCGGAGCCAGUACUCCGGCUUCUCGGAGCGCUCCCGGAGCUUUGCUCCCAGCAUCUCAGACCGCAGCACCAUCUCCGGCCGCAGCAUCGACGGCACCAUCUACGAAGAGGACGAGGAGGGCUCCCAAGGCCACAGGGACAAGCGUCCCAAGCACGGCGCGUUCCGGCCGCAGCCCGGCACGCCAGGCUUGCCUUCCAGCCCGCCUGCUAACCAGGCGCAGAAGAUGUACUACUCCGGGCGUGCUAAGAGAAAGAUCGACCCCUCCAAGCAGAAGGAGCCCCUCAACUGGGGCGUGAGCGACCUCAAGUUCAGCAACCCGAUGAAAAACAUGCUGCAUCGCAAGCACGCCGGCGACUCCAAGGACGAGUCCGACAUGGCCAAGUCCGACACCGCGUCGGCGUGACGAGACUCGCACCGUUCUGACGAUUUUCGAUGCCACUCUUACCACAUCUACAAGCAACGACACCUGCUUUUACUCAAUGCGCUACGAAAACGGGCAAGAGCCCAUUGCGCAAUAUUGCCAUUAGGACACCCUCUUUUUUUAUGUCAUAUCACGCCCUACCCCCCCCCAUUUCCCUCGUAUGCCUUUUUUCAAGGGGAAGCGAGCAGGCGGGGCGGCAAUUUGUUUGGCGGAGCCCAUUCAAAAGCACAUCUACCUCCUUGUCCGUCCGCUCUUGUCUUAUUCUCCUAUCAUCGAUACCCAAAAUCUCUACACAUCAGCCCCUUAUAGACACUAACUUUUGUUCUUUUUUUUAUUUUUAAGCGCUUGUUCAACGACACGAAAAAGGAACCUCCUUCCAAUUUUUCAGCACACCAACUUUCUCUUUUGCUCGCCAAAAGAAAAUCUUGCACUGAGCUCGAACACACAACUCGGCUCGACAUUCUCCUUUGGCGACCGACCGCGGGCAGGCAGGCAGGCAGGCCCGCGAAAUGCUCAAUUCAAUCCGCAGCCUCCUGGUUUUUUUUCUUUCGCUGGUGCGCAAUGUUCAGGGGUAACUGAGAUAGAGGUGGAAAGAGGAAGAAUUGGGUAGACGGGUUUUCCGGUUACGCGAUGCAAAUAUGUAAUGCGAUGCCGGAAGGAUUUCCAACGGAUUGGGACCAUGCAAAUAAAAUGAUGUCUUUUGCAAGGACACAUAAUUCAAUAGACCACUAACAUCGGGCAAACGGUUAGCUGGGUGGGAAUCCUCAUUUUUUUUCCUCUCCUCCCUUUUGCAACCUCGUUUUUGAGCCGGGGUUGAUUCCUUUUUGUCGCGAACGACCCGAGCGUGGUCGUAUGGUCGGGAAGGCUGUCAGGCAGGCGAUCGCGCACGUGGUUGCGCGAUUGGCACGCCGCUUUUCUUCUUUGGCUUUUCCAUUACCUUUCGCAUUCAGGCUUUUUUUCAUGUUACUCUUCUCCUUUUGGGGAUGACUCGGCGCUGGGCCUACGUUGCAACCUGCGACGGAGAUUCUGUCACAUUAGGGACGACUGGCUGGGCUGUGUAUAUACGGGUUGCCUGCAGAUCGGUUUGGCAACGGAAACUGAAGAAAAAAUAAAGAGCCUCUUAC